UAUAGCUUACAUAAUCCCAAGCCGGCCAUUCUCAUUGAAGCUCACCUCAACUUUCUAAUUUUUUGUAUGAAAGUUUAGAUGGCUAAGGUUCAUCCAACUGAACCACAAGUUUCCGGUCCCUGCAGCAUGAACUCUGCAGGUAAGGAAACAUUCACUAUAUGGAUGAAAUCUCUUGUAUGCCACACCAAUGGUUGCACCGUCUUUGAUUCAAAAGGCCAGAUUGUGUAUCGUGUCGAAAACUACGACACCAAAGGUAGCAGUGAAGUUCAUCUCAUGAAUCUCCACGGCCAUGUUCUCUUUACCAUUCUAAAAAAGAAACUACAAAUAUUGGGAUGUUGGAAUGGAUAUAGAGGGAACUUUACUAGCAGAAAGAAGGAAAAACCCAGCUUUCAAGUCAAGAAAUGUUGCAGAAUUCUACGGGGAGACCUAGUUUGUGAAGUUAGAGUGGGGUUUAACAAGUACUUCAUGGUUAGCUUAGGGAGCAAGAAACAAGGAUUUAAGAUUGUAAACUCGGGUGGAGAUAUUAUAGCAGAGGUGAAGCAGAAGCAAUUACCUACUGGAAUGGUGUUAGGAGAUGAUGUCUUAACUUUGGAGAUAGAGCCAAGUAUUGAUCAAGCUCUUACUGUUGCUCUUGUUCUCGUUUAUGGAUUGAUGAGUAGGAGAUUGUAGAUAACUACCAGCUUCAAUUUUCAGAAAUUUGAAGUGUAAAUACAUGUAGUUUCAUGUAAUUCUUUUGAUUCUUUUCAGGAUUGGUAGAUUUGUUAUUGUAAUUGAGAAAAGCAAAGACUUAGAUAGGAAGAGAACUGUAAAAAAGAGAAGGGAUUGUAUGAAACUGUAAUUUUACGUGAUUUUUCCUCUUCAAUCUUUAUUUGUAUUUCAAAAUGAGAUUUGAUUUUUGUUUU